AUGCCGAGCAUUGGUGUGAAAUUAUACAGUGUUUUCUUCAAAUUCAUGCUAAAACAUCGGUUGCAAAGCCGAUUGCAGGCGCCGGAAAACGACACCGGCGGCGGCGGAGGGAGCUCCUUCGGAGUAACGUCAAGGCCGGAGGAGGAGACGGCCGCUGCUGUGAAUCCUUCGUUUACUGAUGGCGUUGCCACGAAGGAUAUCCAUAUCGAUCCUAUAACGUCUUUGUCAAUCCGAAUUUUUCUUCCGGAUACCUGCUUCAAUUCGCCCGAAGCGGUCUCCAGGUCUCGGUCGACGGUCUUGAAUUCUGGAUCCGAUCCGAACCAAAUCCUGCUCCGCCGCAACAGCUAUGGGUCGUUGAAUAGCUCCGUUUCUAGCAGCAGCGGUGUAAUUGUGAAGCGUGCUCAGAAUCAUGAUAGUUUUAGGAGGAAUAGCUACGGGUGUAGUAUUGAUGAUGGGAGUUUUAAACCGGAGAAUGGAAUUUACAGAGGGUAUAAUCCGAUGGGGAAUAAUUGUCGAAAACUGCCGGUGAUGCUGCAGUUUCACGGUGGUGGAUUUGUGAGUGGGAGCAACGAUUCAGUGGCUAAUGAUUUUUUCUGUCGACGGAUUGCAAAGUUGUGUGAUGUGAUCGUGUUGGCCGUGGGGUAUAGAUUGGCACCAGAGAAUAAAUACCCAGCGGCAUUUGAAGAUGGGUUGAAGGUGCUGCAUUGGCUGGCAAAGCAGGCCAAUUUGGCAGAAUGUAGUAAAUCCUUGGGGAGUACCUUGGGUGGGGGGCUAGAUGUGAGGAAGUUGGAUGGUCAUCGGCAUAUUGCCGAUGCCUUUGGAGCUUCAAUGUUGGAGCCUUGGUUGGCUGCUCAUGGAGAUCCAUCAAGAUGUGUACUUCUUGGGGUGAGUUGUGGAGGGAAUAUUGCUGACUAUGUUGCACGUAAAUCUGUUGAGGCUGGUAAGCUUUUGGACCCAGUAAAGGUGGUGGCCCAGGUUUUGAUGUAUCCUUUUUUCAUUGGAAGUGUGCCUACACAUUCUGAGAUAAAACUGGCAAAUUCCUAUUUCUUUGACAAGGCUAUGUGCGUACUUGCAUGGAAACUUCUCUUACCAGAGGAGGAGUUCAGCCUGGAUCACCUUGUAGCCAACCCUCUUGUUCCAGAGAGAGGACCACCUUUGAAGAAGAUGCCACCAACGCUGACAGUGGUGGCUGAGCACGACUUGAUGAGAGAUCGAGCCAUUGCCUACUCAGAGGAGCUUCGGAAGGUAAACGUGGAUGCACCUGUUCUCGAGUACAAGGACGCAGUUCAUGAAUUUGCAACUCUAGACAUGCUUCUUAAGACCCCUCAGGCCCAGGCUUGUGCUGAAGACAUUGCCAUUUGGGUUAAGAAACAUAUUUCACUAAGAGGUCACGAGUUCUCAUACUGA